UGACGUGCCCGCCGCCGGAGCGCGCGCGGGGCGAGUGUGUGUGCGGGAGUGUGUGCACACGCCUUGGGGGCUAGAGUGACACUGCAGUGGGCUUCUCCCUCCGCAGCCCUCCAGCGGCUCAGCCCCGACCUGCCCGCACGCAUUUGCGAAGCUCGGCGUUUUCAUCUGCCCGAGCCUCCUCCAUCCUCCCCUCGGGGACCUCACUUUUCCUUGUACCCCGGGGGUUGCUCCCAGGCACCCCUCAACCGGUGCAAACAUCCCAGCCGCCUCCAGUUCUCUCCUAAGCCACUGUUUUCCAUUUGUCUUUCUCUGGGGUUCCUCCGCGAGCCAGUCCAGGGCUCCCCCAUCCUUGGAAAUUGUUUUUGUUGGACUGCUGUGCCGAGGUGUUGAAAGCUUGAGGACUUUAUCAUUUUGAUUCUUUCCCUUUCCUCCCCAUCUGGGCAACGGAGCAAUGAAAUUUCCAAUCGAGACUCCAAGAAAACAGGUUAACUGGGAUCCUAAAGUGGCCGUUCCCGCAGCAGCGCCCCCAGUGUGCCAGCCCAAGGGUGCCUCUAACGGGCACUACCCGGCCCCACGCCUGUCCAUCUCCUCCCGAGCCACGGUGGUAGCCAGGAUGGAAGGUGCCUCCCAGGGGGGCCUGCAGACCGUCAUGAAGUGGAAAACCGUGGUUGCCAUCUUCGUGGUGGUGGUGGUCUACCUUGUCACGGGUGGUCUCGUCUUCCGGGCUCUGGAGCAGCCCUUUGAGAGCAGCCAGAAGAAUACCAUCGCCUUGGAAAAGGCAGAAUUCCUGCGGGACCACAUCUGUGUGAGCCCACAGGAGCUGGAGACAUUGAUCCAGCAUGCCCUUGACGCUGACAACGCAGGAGUGAGUCCAAUAGGAAACUCCUCCAACAACAGCAGCCAUUGGGACCUCGGAAGUGCCUUUUUCUUUGCUGGAACUGUCAUCACCACCAUAGGGUAUGGGAAUAUUGCUCCGAGCACUGAAGGAGGCAAAAUCUUUUGUAUUUUAUAUGCCAUCUUUGGAAUUCCACUCUUUGGUUUCUUAUUGGCUGGAAUUGGAGACCAACUUGGAACCAUCUUUGGGAAAAGCAUUGCAAGAGUGGAGAAGGUCUUUCGAAAAAAGCAAGUGAGUCAGACCAAGAUCCGGGUCAUCUCCACCAUCCUGUUCAUCCUGGCCGGCUGCAUCGUGUUUGUGACGAUCCCUGCCGUCAUUUUCAAAUACAUCGAGGGGUGGACGGCCCUGGAGUCCAUUUACUUUGUGGUGGUCACUCUCACCACGGUGGGCUUUGGCGACUAUGUGGCAGGGGGAAAUGCUGGCAUCAAUUACCGGGAGUGGUAUAAGCCCCUCGUGUGGUUUUGGAUCCUUGUUGGCCUGGCCUACUUUGCAGCGGUCCUCAGUAUGAUCGGAGAUUGGCUACGGGUUCUGUCCAAAAAGACAAAAGAAGAGGUGGGGGAGAUCAAGGCCCACGCGGCCGAGUGGAAGGCCAACGUGACGGCCGAGUUCCGGGAGACGCGGCGGCGGCUGAGCCGCUCCGUGUUCGCGGCGCUAGACGCGGGCCGCGGCAAGGCCUCCUCCCAGGAGAGCAUCAACAACCGGCCCAACAACCUGCGCCUCCGCGGGCCCGAGCCGCUGCACAAGCACGCGCAGGGGGCCUCCGAGGACAACAUCAUCAACAAGUUCGGGUCCAGCGCCAAGCUCACCAAGAGGAAAAACAAGGACGCCAAGAAGGCCUUGCCCGAGGACGUGCAGAAGAUCUACAAGACCUUCCGCAACUACUCCCUGGACGAGGAGAAGAGAGAGGAGGAGACGGAGAAGAUGUGCAACUCGGACCACUCCAGCACGGCCAUGCUGACCCACUGCGCGCAGCCGCCCGCCGGGGCGGAGAACGGCAUGGUCCCCGCGGACACCAAAGACAGGGAACACGAGAACAAUGCGUUGCUGGAAGGCAGGAGCUAAAGGUUCCGGGACACCGGGCUCGAGGAAGCGUUGUGUGUUUUUUAUAUUCACCCCGAGACACGUGCCUUAAACAGACUUCUCCUUAGUCCAAAAUUACAUAGCAUUGGAGAAUAUAUUUCACUGUGCCAUAAAGGACUGAGGAAGUUUGCUCUGCCAAAAGGGAUCAAAGAACAAGGACUCCGCUUCUGAUGAGCGACCGCUGGACGCCCGGGGAGCAUUUGCACGGGUCAGAGGUUCACGGCCACCAAGUGUCAAGGCCGACUGGCCGGUGGUGCUGUAUCCCUGGGCAGCGCCGCCCUGGAGGGCACAUAGACAAGGGCAGCUAUUCCCUAGACCAGCCUUCUGAGAGAAGCAGGUGUGUCUUUUACACGGAGUCUCACUUCCUGAGCCUACCGUCCGUGAUGUGUGCACACCCAGAAGGGGACCGGAUUGGGGGCGACCUGGGACCGGUAAGGAGGGUUUGAGUUGACAUUUGGGCGUGUUGCUCUGAGCUUGAAUUCUGAUCCAAGCCACGCAGAGCAUCCCUAGCCCUUCUCAGCUCCAAUGAGUGCGUGCGGGGCCUGAGAGCUCCCGGAAUUUGUUGGAAGCGGAUCAGAGCACACGUAUUCAAAGGUGCAGUUGCUUUCCUCAUCACAAAAGAAGAAAAAUAAUCACAAACAUCACACUGUGGAUAUCACCUCAACCAAGGCCAGAAGCCUACUGAACUUGGUCUUUCUCACGGGGGUAGGUAGUCCAAACGGACUGGCAGGCCUUGGUGAAACUUCAACCUCAACCGCUGCGUGGUUACAGGCAAAGAAUCAUGCAUUUUCCUCAGUGGGUGCAAUGGUGAAAUAAACUGGUUUUGAAAUGUUCACGUUCACUUUUCUAGUGGAACUUCGGUUGUAACCUGUUUUGAUAAGAGGGGGGAGAAAGUACCAAAACUAAUUGCCUUGCAUGAUGCCAGCGGCUUGCUGUUCUGUCUAGCUGAUCCUAAAUUUUUAUAAAAAUAGGCAUCCUGCAUGUCUGAGACACACCAAGGGGGACCAUGGCAUCAUUCCAUCUCAGGGCUUUUUGUCCCUUUGGGUGUCUUAGGGUAGACAUAGUUACAAGAGCCAAUCUUGCUAUCUCCAAACAGGAGGAAAACUAACCCCUCAACCAACCCUUGUACAAGAAAACUGAGUCGUUUUUGUUUGCAGUUUAAGUGCCAUUAAUGCCAUUUUAAAAAAUAAUACUUAAAAGAAGUAUUUCAAAUA